UGCCACCACACGCAAGCCUCCUUGCUUUCCCUGUAUAAAGCCGCUGCCGCCGACGUCUAAGCUUCCCUCAGCCGGCAAGCGUGGCGAUGUCGUGUUCGUACAGACUGCUGUCAGCGGCGGCCCGCCACCCGGCUCUGGCCGCCGUCUCCGCACGAGCUAGCUCGGUGUGGUCCCAUGUGGAACUGGGUCCUCCUGAUCCAAUUCUUGGGGUUACUGAAGCUUUCAAGCGUGACAACAAUCCCAAGAAAAUGAACUUGGGUGUCGGUGCAUACCGUGAUGACAGCGGGAAGCCAUUCGUAUUGAACUCUGUCCGAAAGGCUGAGAGUCAAAUUGCAGCAAAGAAGAUGGACAAAGAGUACCUUCCAAUAGGAGGCCUGGCAGACUUCAACAAGGCCUGCGCAGAACUGGCUCUAGGGAACAACAAUGAAGUCAUCAAGAGUGGACGGUACAUCACCGUUCAAACUAUUUCUGGAACUGGAUCUCUGAGAGUUGGUGCUAAUUUUCUGCAUCGUUUCUACAAGAACAGUCGAGAGGUCUAUCUGCCUAAACCAUCCUGGGGCAACCACACACCUAUCUUCAGGGAUGCCGGCUUUGAGGUCAAAAGUUACCGCUAUUAUGACCCUAAGACCUGUGGUUUCGAUUUUGCUGGAGCACUAGAGGACAUUUCAAAACUCCCAGAGAGGGCCAUCAUUGUGUUCCAUGCCUGUGCUCACAACCCCACAGGCGUAGACCCAAGACCAGAACAGUGGAAGGAGCUGGCUGCUGCUGUUAAGCAAAGAAAUCUCUUCCCAUUCUUUGACAUGGCUUACCAGGGUUUUGCCAGUGGAGAUGCUGACAGAGAUGCCUGGGCAAUGCGCUAUUUCAUUGAACAGGGCAUGAAUUUGGUUCUGUCACAGUCCUUUGCAAAGAACAUGGGACUGUACGGCGAACGUGUGGGUGGAUUCACAGUAAUCUGCAGUGAUCCCGAUGAGGCAAAGCGCGUGGAAUCCCAGCUGAAGAUCUUGAUCCGUCCCAUGUAUUCCAACCCACCGUUAAAUGGAGCUCGCAUUGCUGCCACCAUCAUGAACACAGCAGAACUCAGGAAAGAAUGGCUAGAUGAGGUGAAAGGAAUGGCAAAUCGGAUCAUCAGCAUGAGAGAACAGCUGGUAUCAAACCUGAAGAAGGAAGGCUCGAUCCACAACUGGCAACACAUUACAGACCAGAUUGGAAUGUUUUGCUUCACGGGACUCAAACCAGAACAGGUAGAGCGUCUGACGAAGGAAUUCUCCAUUUACAUGACAAAGGAUGGCCGCAUUUCCAUUGCUGGAGUCACCUCUUCCAAUGUCGGGUACCUAGCACAUGGCAUCCAUCAAGUCUCCAAAUAAUGCACCCAAGAAAGAGUCAAAACAUGAAGGGGGAGGAGGGUGAAGAAACUCAUCUUUCAACCACAGCCAGAGACCAGUCAGUUUGUACAGUAUGAUAUUGUGAAGUAUCUUGUGGAUAUUAUUGAAUCAUCUUGGCUGACAAAGAGCAGGGUUGGGAGGAGUGGUAAAUCGCCUGAAGUCUACCUUGUAAACUAAUGGAGACUUAGUGAGGUUUUGUCUCCUCAACCUUGUCUGAAAGCAUGGGUUUGAACAGCAGAAACCAUUCUGUUCCCUGUGCUGUUUUUCUACGGUCAGCCCCUUGUACCCUGGGUAUUUUUCAAACCGCUGCCCUGUUUCCAUUUUCUCUCUUUAUUUUGCUUCAGUUAUCAGAGAAAUACUCAGCUGUUUGUUUCCUUUUGAUCUGCUUUAGCACGGUUACACAAAUAACUUGCACAUUGUUGGUAGCUGCUUUCAAUAUUGGGCCAUUCUAGGUAUACUGUAAGCAGGUAAAGGUCAGCAGUAUGUUCGUAAGCAUAAUUGCUUAGCUUCAUACUUGUCAGCAUGAUAUGCCUGUAGAAAAUGAAUUGAACGGUUCUUCUGGUCAGUAAUUGUUCGACAUCCUUUUAAUCAUGCUCUGUGGGUAGCUGUUUGGAAUGCCCCUUACCAAUAGGUACCUGUCAUGGUAGAAUGGUUAAUUGCGUGUUACAUUUGGCUGUGUUGCUUUUAAAAAUAUUUGGCUCAGAUUUGCCAAGGGGCGGUGCUGUUAUGGACAGUACAAGAGAUUCAAAACUGCUCUCUGUAGAUGGUACAAGGCUGUGGAAGCAAGUUUAGGCUCGCUGUCAGCUGGUAAUCCUGAUUUUAAAAAGUCUUAGACCUGUAUUGAGAGGCUCAAUAAAGCAAUUAUACUUC